AUGGUCAGGAAUAGAUCCAAAUCCCGUGAGAGGACUCCACCUCAUCUGCCGAGUUUGGAUGUCGAAACCAAUGGAAAUGGAAGCCAUUCUGCCUCAUUGAGAGGAUCCCAUCAUAGCCGAGUGCCAGAGAUUCCAAAUCAGCCACUGAACACACUUCUGCCUCAAUUGGACAAUGACACAGAACAUCCUCUGGCGUAUUAUGUCACUCAGAAUGUGGUGCUCAAGCUUGCGGAUGACAGACCCCCUUGGUUGUCCGUAUCCAAAUCGUCCGAGAAAGGCGUGUAUGAUUUUUUCAAGAACAACACUCGAUUUCAGACGAAACUCAUUGACGAGUUCGUUAAGGACGCUCUUUUCCUGGAGAUUUCCGGGAUGUGUGCGUCGAUUAUGACAGAAACCGAAUCGUCCAAUCAAGAAGAAGCCAAGAUCAAUGGAUGGCUUGAAAGUCAGGUCAUUACAGAUGAGGUGUAUCACCUCACAGAGAAGAUUGUGUGGGAGACCUUAUGGGAUACAGCUCGGAAAAUGGAGAAGGAGGAUGUGGACCACUUACAUGAGACAUACAGAAAUGAACCCCCCGACGAGAACAUGUUGCAAAUCUUGAAGAAACGAUACUCCACCCCGCUCAAGCCUGAAGAAGGAAAGCCCCUCCUGACCAAUAAUUGUGGUGAAAUCAUCUAUCACCUAAACAAGAUGAUGCUGAAGGGCACUCUCAUGGAGAACUACGCCAUUCGAAAGCUACAAGAUCUAGUUAUAACACAAGUUGCUGGAAAAGUUGUGUUAGACGAGGCAUUGAAAUUCAUGGAGGACCACAUGGCCGAGAUCGACGAGGAGGAGCGAAUCGAAAAUCCUCCACGAAAUGCAUCUUGAAUAAGGGUCUGAAGAGCAACGUGAAACCUUGCACUAGACUCAAUUCAAUCAUACAAUAAAUGCUUUCCGAACAGUUUUUCUACCGUAAA